UCAGAAAUUUUCUAAAAGGGCCAUUCGCCACUGGUUCCUUGUCACGUUAAAAAAUAUAGCACUGAUAAGAAGUACACAAAAUUUCAUAUUUGACUACACUAACCAAUAAUAUAUUGUCUAAUAAAUAUUCAGUGCAAUAUUUUUUCUUCUCUGAAAAAACGUUAUAAACGUGUAAAUCAGGUGGUCUCUGAGACAAUCAUGGCAUUCAAGCUUGUUGCUGUUUUAUUUCUCAUUGGCGCUAUCGCCCGAAGUGGAAUGAGCCACAAGGCCUAUUCUUAUCAGCAUCAUCACGGACCAGUUGUCGGACCUGCUCACGAGGUACAGUUCGUGGACAAGCAUGGUCACCAUCACGUGGACUAUGUAGCCCAUCCUCAUUACGAGUUCGCUUAUGGCGUCGAGGAUCAUCAUACGGGCGACUUUCACGGUCAAAAGGAACACCGUGACGGAAAGAAUGUCGCAGGCGAAUACAGCCUGAAGGAGCCUGGUGGCAACGUGCGUACCGUCAAGUACCAUGCGGACAAGGAUGGUUUCCAUGCGGUGGUUCACAACUCCGGCGGUAACGACCAUUCCGGACCUUAUGGCUAUGGCCACCACUGAUCGUAACACGUUUCCUUGACUAGUCAAGGAAUUGUACGCAACCAAAUAAUUGUUUUGUUUGUAAAUUAUAAUCGUUAAUAAAUCAUCAGUUUUAUUUGUGCAAAAA